AUGGCGCCAAUCAGGAGGUUCUCCGUCGCGGAGAACGAGAAGAACCCUAGCGAGGAGCAGGGGCCUCUUCCGCCAAAGAAGAGGCUUAGCCGUCCCCGCGAUGCCAGCGAAAGGCCAGAGGUGACGCGGCCUUGGUACGAGCGGCCUCCGCCUGGCUUCCCGCUCCCUCUGUAUGCCCAAGCGCAAGGCUUCGGAGAAGGCGGCAUCGCCCCGCGCCAAACAAGCCACGGCCGUGGUGGCCAGGCUGAGGUUGCACGGGCUGCCGGCCCGCGAACCCACGCCGAAGGCUCCUCGCGCGAGUUCGUGGUGUGGGCGGCGAUGGCACCGCGCAUGUGGAUCUAG